UGCAGAGUGAUACUAUGGAUAUUUUGUAGCUACUUUAAAAAAAGACAUCUGAACUAAUUGAAUAAAGGAAAAUCAACUACAAAAGAAUGUGUAAAGAAAAUGGAUACAGAUGAAAAUUCCAGUAAUAGCUCUUCCUGCACGGUGUUAGAGAUUGAUGGAGAGGAAGAAACGUGGAAUAGCACUGCAAGAAGAGGUCAGGGAAAAAGAAAGAGUAAUAAAAGAGGUCAUUUGUCUAGAUCUGAUUCCAAUGAGAAACAUAGUAGUGAUGGAGGGGGAAUGAAAAAGAAAAGGUUAAAGAAAAAAGCUCAAGUUGGUGUAAAAUCAUCUGGAAGGAAAGAAACAGUAGGGAAUCAACAAAGAAAAUCCAUUAAGGGAAAAUCAGGAAAGGCAAAAGCUCUGUCCUCAACUAAGAUUAACAACAUUGGAAUACAUGGAUUUGAGAGCGAACCUAUAUUUUCACAAGUGCUGAGAAGUAAAAAUGGCUUUGAGUUCUCGGAAAAUGAUUCUGAGCAGACAGUCAUGUUAUCUGAUGAUGACAAUAAGGCUGGGGGAAAAAAUACUGUUAGAAUUCCUUCAAUCCAUUUUAGUAGCAGUGAUGGAGAAGUGGACACAGACGAGGAAGAUUUACCUACUCUUGUUAAACCCCAUUGCAGACAUAAAAACUCUGAUUUUGCUGGAUUAGAGAGUUCUCGUUUCACAGUGAAUCAGAAGACGUUCAGUACUCAGGACAUCGAAGACAAGGAAUUCUGGUCAGAUCAGGAAGGGAGCAGUUCAGAUGAUGAUACCCCCAUUCUGCAACUGAACCUUGGAAAAAUCACUGCAGCUUUCAAGGAAAGCAAAUUGUCAGGAUUCAAGGACAAAAUUAACAAGGUCAGACUCACGAAAACAGAUCUGAAUGAAGAAUCAGAGCCGCAGAAUACUGGCAAUUGGAAAAAAGUUUCUUCUUCCAACUCAACAUCUUAUCCCUCAAGACAGCUAAAGCAAGAGGCUGUAGACAAUGUAUUGAUUGAGCAUGGGAAUCCAGUCUUGAAAGCAGGAAGCAAAAUUAAGGAUGAGUUCCAAAUGAAUAUUACAAAUGAAGAAAGUGAAGAUGAGACUCAGCCAUUUGAUGAUGACCUCCCUGACCUUUCACCUCCACCAGAUGUUAUUCAGUCACCUAGAUCAGAUAGUGAGCGAGAGCAAUCACCGGAAAUCUUUAAAGAGGAGGAGCCUUCUGUUAAAACUGAGCAGGUGUGCUACACUCAGAUGGAUGACUGCAUCUACAUAGAAGAUUCUGAGGAGGAGGAAUUGUCUCAGUCUCUCUUCCAGCAAGAAGUUAAGCUGGAGCUGGAUGAUUCUAGUGACAGUGAUGUGGAGGAUGGUAAUGAAGAAAGCUGGCGAGAAAUCCUCUGUCUUGAUGAUUCUGAUGAUGGCAGUGACACAAAUGAGAGAGUUUACAAGAGAAAUGACCCAGAGGAAACUUUGGAUACUGCUUACGAAGUUGACACCCAGCUUGAUGCGGAUUUAAAAGAUCCAUACACGAGUGCUACUCAAAUUGACAGAAAAGAUCCAUACACGAGUGCUACUCAAAUUGACAGAAAAGAUCCAUACAUGAGUGCUACUCAAAUUGACAGAAAAGAUCCAUACACCAGUGAAACUCAGACUGACAACCAUCUGGUGUGUUCUAGUGACUCUGAAGACUAUGAUAUUUAUAACAGUGCCACACAAGUGGAUCAAAACAGAAAGAAUAACAGUAGGAAUGAACAAAAAUGUAAACUGAAGGAUUUAUAUUUAGAUUCUACUCAAGUUGAUUCAAGAUCUUCGAUAUAUUGGAAUCCAUCUGAAAGAAUGGAAGCAGGGCAUAGAGAGGUGGAUCCAUACUCAAAUGCAACACAGGUGGAUGUUCAAGCAGGGAAGAAAAGAAGUAUAACUCAGGUGGUGAGGAAGAAAAAUCACUUAAAACAACAACAGGAGGACACAGACCCAUAUGCUUGCUGUACUCAGGUUGAAAAUGACUCAGUUUUGAGUAGUUGUCAAGUUGAGGAAAGAGAUCCAUUCUCAGGAGCAACUCAGGUGGAUGUGUUAUGUCAUUCACCAGACUCAGAUGCAGCACACCCCCAGGUUGAUCAUGCUGGUAGUGGUGGAGGUUCAUCAGUUCAUGACACCGCUGAUGAAGAGGGGACUAGUCCUGAUCCUUAUGACAUACAAACUCAGAUAGACACUUCUGAUCAUAAACACAUCUCAGAUUGGGACACUCAGAGUGUCUCUGAAAUAGAUGAGGAUGAUAUUAUUUUGCUGACUGAAUUGGAAUCUCAAGAGGAAGAUGAAGCACAAUCAGCCAUUAAGGAAAAGACACUCUUAACAAAAUCAGACAUACAAACCAGCAAACCAUUCAAACAGAGUGAAAAAGUUGCUACUAGAAAUCAUCAGACUGAGAAUUUAGUCAAUGUGUAUGAACUAGCAACUCAGGUAGAUUAUGAAGAAGAUAAAUGUGUUCAGAAUCACUCACAGAGCUUGGCAGAGGGGUCAGAGAUAAGAGAUGACUUGGAAGAAAACGAUAAAAAGAGAGGGAAGACUAAGAAUGUAUUUGACUUGUACCAGAUGGAAACACAAGUUACAGAUCAGUCUAGUGUCAAACAGGAUGAAGAACCAAAGUCCAGUGAGUCUUGGAGUGAUAUGGAAUUAUAUGAAUGUGACACUCAAGUUGAUUUUCUGAAUGAUUUCCCAAAGAAAAGUAUAGCGUCAGAAACAUUAAGCAGGGUGCAUUCGACAAAGAAAAGCUCGGUUUCAUCAUCAUCAACAAUUACCACACAACAUCAGACUAAGUCACCUGAAAAACAUUCAGAUGACCUAGAGAUAGCAAAAUUAGAUGGGGUGGAAAGCUCUGCAAAGAAAAACAGUCGGCAAGACCUACGCCAUUCUUCAUACAAUCCCCCAAUGUUAAAGAGGGUGAUGUCCUCUAACCAAAGACCUGUCAUCCCCAUAUCACCUCAGAGAGAAAAGUCAACAAAGGAAAAGAGAGAGCAGUUCAAAGCUAGGAGUUUUUAUUCAAAGAAACAACUAGAUUUAGGAGAAUCAGGCAGAAGGACGAAAGAGACGGAUUAUAGCAUCACAAAGACAUUGACCUCACAUAUAAAUGCUGGUCCUGCUGGAAGUAGUGUUGAAACUGACAGAAAUGGAACAUCUGGAUGGCUGUCAAAGGCCACCGGAAAGACAGAUUAUAGAAAAAGACGACGAGCUAUCAGUGGAGGAGCUCAAACAAAGAAAAGAAAGGAGGAGGUGACAACAACAGUGAAUAUGGAUGCUAUAAUUAAAGCUAAAGCAGAAAUGAUUGCUCGGAACUGGGUCAAACCUUUAUUACCAGAACCAGUCAGAAAAGCCAGUAUAAGUACCAGUUCAAAUUUUACUGAGGAUGUGGAAAUGCCAGAACUAGAGGAGGUUAUGAGAAAACAGUUGCCAUUACUAACCACGGAAAACAGGCGCUCUCAUUCCUCACCAGCAAAGCAAGGCACUCUCAUUCCUCACCAGCAAAGUAAGGUAAUAUUAACAACAGAAAACAGGUGCUCUCAUUCCUCACAGCAAAGCAAGGUAAUAUUAACAACAGAAAACAGGUGCUCUCAUUCCUCACCAGCAAAGCAAGGUAAUAUUAACAACAGAAACAGGUGCUCUCAUUCCUCACCAGCAAAGCAUGGUAAUAUUAACAACACAAAAACAGGAGCUCUCAUUCCUCACCAGCUAAGCAAGAAAAUAGAUGCUCCCAUUCCUCACCAGCAAAGCAAGGUAAUAUUAACAACACAAAAAACAGGAGCUCUCAUUCCUCACCAGCAAAGCAAGGUUAUGUUAACAACAGAAACAGGAGCUCUCAUUCCUCACAGCAAACCAAGUGAGACUGCAUCCAGAUAUGCAGACAAUGUGGGUGAUGUCCAUUUUCAGACACACAAGGAGAAUGAAAGAAAAGACACCUUAAAAGAUAGUUCUUAUAAAUCCUAUUUAGUAGACAAUAAAUUAAGUGACUCAUUUACAAAAAACAACAAUCACAAGUCCAGAUUAAGUAAUAAGGAAAGUCAGCAGAGUUCUAGUUUGAAAGAUAAAAGUAGUUCAGUUAUGAUUUCAAAUAAUGAAGAUUUAAAAUCCAGUAAAAACAAUUUUGAAAAAACAUAUGCAAAAGACAAGAAUAAUUCAAGAGAAUUUAGUUCAAGUAACAUGGAUAGUGUAAGAAGAUCCAGUGCAAAGGAUAGUUCAUCAAAAUAUAAUUCAAGAGACAAAGACAGUACCUCAAGACCAAGUUAUAAAGAUAAGAAUUGUUCAAAAGAUAGAGGUAGGUCAGCAUUUCACAUUUCAAAGGAGUGUUCAGUAAAAUCUGUUUCAAAGGAGAGUGGUAAUUCAAAAAGAGAAGAUUCUAAGAGUAAGGAUACUAAAGAGAGAUCUCAUUCAAAAAACAGUGAAAGCUUAGGAAAAUCUAGUUCAAAAGACAAAGAAUGUCUGAGAACAUCUCAUUUAAAACAAAGUAAUAGUGCAGGGAAAUCCAGUUCAAAACAUAUGAAUAAUUCAGAAAGAUCAUCUAGUUCAAAAAGCAAGGAUAGUUCAGGAAAAUCUAGCUCAAAAGACAGGGAUAGUUCAAAAGAUAAGGAUAGUUCCAGAUCAAAGCAUGGUUCAGGGAGAUCUCACUCGAAAGAUGAGGAAAGUUCUAAAAAAUUAAAUUCAGAUUAUUCAGAAAGUUCAGGAAAAUCAAAUUCAAAAGAUCAGGAUAAUGGUCUUAGAAAAACUUGUUCAAAAGACAGAGAUACUUCAAGAAGAUCCAGCUCAAGAGAAAAAGAUAGUUCAUCCAGUUUAUGGCAUGGGUCAGAAAGACAUCUCUCAAAAAACAAUACUUCAUUGGAAACUGCAGAAGAAAAUUUUAAUUCUGGAAAAUUUCAUUCAAAAGAUAAGUAUAGUUUAAAAUCAAGUAAAAAAGACAAGGAUAAUAUAAGAGAUAAACAUAGAUCCAGUAUAUCAAGCUCUAAACAUAGCUCCAGGAUAUCAAGCUCAAAGCAGAGUUCAGGAGGAUCUCAUUUAAAAGACAAGAAUGGAAAAUCCACUUUGGAAGAAAAAGACAUAAAGAGAUCCAGUUCAAAAGAAUACUAUACUUCAAUUACAUUAGAUGCAAGGGAAGUGGAUGGGAGAAAUGUACAAAAACACAUAAAUCUGGGAGGAAAUGGAAAAGAGAAUUCUUCUAGUAGCAGUUCUAGGAACUCUUCUUUAUUAGAGUCCAUUGAUAUCCCAAUAGAAGAUACUGGUAAUUAUAAUAGAAAGCAAAAAUUCAAAAAUUUAAAUUCUGAACACAAUGAAGUAGAAAAUAAUUUGGCAGAGAAGAAAGUUUCAGACGUUUUAAAAUUACAUCCAACCACUACUACCUUUCACGAGGGCAAAGGAUUGGAGACAAAUGUUGGGGCUGAUGCUCUGACAUCACCUAAUGGUUCUUCUGCUCCAGGGAUGGUAGAGGAUGUUGGAUGUGUACAGCAGACUGACAAGGAGGAGGAAGAGGAAGAUGUGAAACUGGGAAAAUUAGCAAAAGCAGCUGCCAUUGAAAAACUCAUCUCCUCACAGGAAAUGGAGGAAGAUGGAUCCAAUGUUAUCAUUAUUGAUGAUGAUGAUCUUGAUGAUGAUGUUGGUGAAGAGAAAAAGAUGGAAACAUCUACUAAGAAGAAGCCAAAUUUUGUGAAGGUUGUAUCAGGCAUUAAAUCCAUCCUCAACAAAGAAUUCCGUACAUUUUUUGCUGAUAAAAAUGAUGAGAGUGCCAGAAGAGGUCAGUGUGUUAAGUUCAGACUUGCAUCAGACCAUGCUUCACUGCGCACCCAGAAGUAUGUAAACUCCCUCAUCCAGAAGAAAAAGGGGGGAGUUCAGCCAGCACAGAGUAAUAUACAUCAGCUAGUAAGUGGUCAACAACUUACACAUAGUGAGGGCUGUAGGACAGCAGAGAAACAACAGGGACCCUGUAGUGUCCAGAAAAAUAUUCCUAGAAAACUUCAAGCAGUAUCCAGCAUGGACUCGGCUUGUGUGGCUACCCAAAACAGACAGGUCAAGGUCAAUGGAAGUAGGUCAGCUGGGGUAGAAAGUGACCACUGCUCCCAGUUCUUCAAACACCUUUUAAAGUGGAAUCCUGCCUGGUUUGCUGAAGCAGAAGACAAGACUCGUAGACAUUGUUUUGAGCCCCCACCUGUGUCAGGCGUAGUGUUCCCUAUUCCAGAGAAAUUUGACAACUACAAAGAUUAUGUAGACAUAUUUAUCCCUCAUCUGCUGCAGGAGGCAUGGGAACAGUCUUAUCAAAGCUGGAAGACAUGGAAGAACCGGAAUUCUUAUCCACAAAUUGGAGCUGUUUAUUCAUCAGUUGAAAAAAGUAAUGCAACCAGUAAUGCAUUUGAAAGAUACACAUGGUAUAGUAUAAUUACAAAACAGAUGUACGAAACAAUGAGAAAAAAUGACCAGUUGGGUGACAAAUUUCUUGUUAUCAUAAAAGACUAUGGCCAUUACCUGAAAAGCAAGGAAAGGAAAAUGGAUGAAAAAUUGUACCAGCCAAAUUAUUGGGACCAGAUUGGAUACAUAGAAAAAAUCCAGCCCCAUACCCACCCAGAGAAAGUGAAACAGACCCUUAAUACAUUCAAAGUUUUAGGAACUGAUCCUUCCGCACGGCAGAAUGGUGCUAUUGUCCUGUGUCUAACUAUCCUCAGUCGACGACGCCCACUUUUCAAACACCUGUUGGAUAAACUAUCUUUCAUACAGCCUUUGGCUUCUUUGGUAACCACUGUGCGUCAGUUUAAUGCUGUCAGCAGUCUUCCCAAAAGUCCACUAUGUCAGCACAUCCUGUCCCCUGGGCAGAAGGAAGUGUUUUACCAAAAUGUUACAGUUGCUGAACCUGAGAAGCAGUCUCUAAAGCAGUACAACGAUUCCCAGCGUCUGGCCAUAUGUACAGCAUCAAAGAUGAUAUUACAGGAUUCACAGGUGCCUAAGAUCGGUCUCCUUCAAGGUCCCCCAGGCACAGGCAAAAGUCUCACUGUCGUCGGCAUUGUAGAAAAAUUUUUACAGCUUUGUGGGUCCCAUUUGCGGAUUUGUCUCUGUGCUCCAUCCAAUAAUGCUGUAGAUCUUCUAAUAAAACGUUUGGAUGACCACAAAAAAGAAAAAAGAAACACAGGUUUUGCCUCAGCCUUGUCGAUUGUCAGGAUAGGAAAUACAGAAUCUAUCCACAAAGAUGUCAAAAAGUUUAGUCUAUCAGACAUCGUACAGGAGGAGGCUACUAAAUUGAGAAGAGAAAAGAAACUGGAAAAUAUCCCUUCAAGUGUUCGAGCAAACUACGAUCAAAUGAAACAAAAGAUGGAGCAACUGAGGAAUAAAAGAAACAAUAGUAAAGGAAGGGAGGUUGAACGUCUGACAGCUGAUUUAAGACAACUAGAAAGACGAGUUAAAGAGAUGGAAAAAGAUCACUUUCAGCAGAUCCAGGAUAUUUCCCUCACUAGAGCGGAGGAACUCAGCUUAAAACAGAAGAUACUACAGUCAGCUACAAUAGUUUGUGGAACACUCUCAGCAUUUGGACAGUAUUUUAUCUUUGAUUUACUGAGUCAUCGGAAACGUGAAGGAAAACCAAUGUUUGACUGUGUUAUUGUAGACGAAGCUUCACAAGCUAAUGAGCUGGACUGCAUAAUACCACUGCAGUAUGAAGUAAACAAGUUUAUUUUGGUAGGGGAUCCAGAGCAACUUCCUCCCACAGUUACAUCAAGUAAAGCUGCAAGGAACUACUUUGGUCAAUCACUGUUUGAGAGGUUUUACCGUCAUUUCCAGUCAAGUAAAGAAGACCCCAGUCCUAUCUUGAUGUUGGACACCCAAUAUCGCAUGCAUCCUGACAUAGCUUACUGGCCAUCCCAGUACAUAUAUCAAGGAAAACUCAAAACUGACAGGUCUUUGAGGCAACGCUAUAAGGAAAACAGUAGACUGAAGCCAUUUGUUCUGUUUGAUGUUGAGGACAGCCUUGAACACCUCUCUCAAACCACAGGGUCUGUGAACAAUCCAACAGAGGUAGAGUUUAUUGUUCAGUUGUCUCUGGUCAUUCUGAAGUCUACAAGACCACAGAAUAUAGGGAUCAUCGCUCCCUAUAAAAGUCAGAAGCGCCUGCUGUUCUCCAGUCUAAGCCAGAAUGGAGUAAGAGACAUAGAAAUAAGUACUGUAGAUGGAUUCCAGGGACGAGAAAAAGAGGUCAUCAUAUUCUCUUGUGUCAGAGCAAAAAGCCAGUCUGGAUCUAUUGGUUUUAUGGCAGACAGAAAGAGGAUGAAUGUGGCUCUAACUCGUGCCAAGUCUGCACUGUACAUUGUUGCUCAUCUGGAUUCAUUACAAACUGUUGCUGAUUGGAAGAAUCUGAUUGGAGAUGCCACACGAAGAAAUUUAAUUUAUUCCGUGGCCAGCGGGAAAGACUUCACCGAAGCUGCUAAGAAUAUUUUAAUUCAGAAAUAAGGAUUGGACUAUGGUGUUUUCGUCAAUGAGGAGUGGACUUUGAUGCUGCAUAAAUUGAGGAGAAAUCUUUGAAGUUGUCUUAUAUGAGGAGUGGAACAUCAGCAUGUUGUUGGACAUUUCCGUCAAAGUCAAAUUAAUUAAGAUAUCAGUAAAUUUCAUAUGCAGUUGCCCCGUCAUAAAUAUGGCCCUGGCAUUUAGUGUUUGUCAUGCCCAACUUCCGUCCUUCUGUCAAACUUUGCGUUUAGCUCAGUUUCUAAGAAACUAAUCAAGAUAUUUUUAUCAAACUUCAAACACUGAUACAUAUUGAUGAGAAUUAUUCAAAUUAUGCAUCAACAAUUUUUGACCUUGAGUUUUCCUUUGACUUCACUUUUCUUAAAUUUGCAUUUAGUUCAGUUUCAAAGAAACUAUUCAAAAAAUUUUUAUCAAAUCAAACCUUAAGUGCUGAUACAUAUUGAUGAGAGCUAUUCAACUGCAUCAACAUUUUUUGACCUUGACCUUUCCUUUGACCUUACUUUCUUAAAUUUGCAUUUAGCUCAGUUUAUUUAAGAUCAUUUUAUGAAAGCUUAUGCACUGAUACAUAUUUUGGCGAGAAUUCAUGUCCAGUUUUUUUUUUUUUUUUUUACCUUGACCUUCCUGAUGACUCUUGACUUUACUAUUUAUUUUGUAUUAAACUUUGUUUUAAAGAAAGCAUUCCAAGAUAUUUUCACCAAACUUCAUACACAUAUACAAAUUUUCAUGUUGCAUUACUAAUGAACCAUGGACGGGGCCAUUCAUGUCCUAUGAACAUAUUUGUAGUUUUUCCUGUGGUCUUCAAAUUUAACCAAUUGCUAUAAACUAGUACUAAAAUAUAUGGUAUUAAUUCAUUAUGUAGAAUUUUGUAUCAAAACAGAUCAUUUGCUUUUUUUGUGUAGUUACGUACAUCUGAUCAUAGUUCAAAAUACUUCGUGUUCAAGUUUUGUUUCGUUUUUUGACGAGCAUAAACAAAUGAACAGUUAGACUUCCAAAUAGUGUUCAUGUAUAUACUUACUGUAUGUGUUCAUAUUGAAUUACUUAAAUAUGAAUGGGUUGUCAUUUUUUACUGAAUUAUUUAAAGGCUGUGCCAAAAUCAAAUAAGUUGUAAAAAAUGCAUUUAAUUUAUACAGGUACAUUGUAUAUACUUACACAUGUAAAAACAAAUUAUAAGUUGGUUGUCAGUUUUACUUGAGCAUUUAUUUUUACAAAGGAAAUAUUGAUGCUUCAGUCCCUGGUUUUUUUUGUCAUUUUUAUUUUUUUAUCAAUCAGAUUAAAGAUUUUCAGCACAAAAUUGAUGGCUGUAUAAAUUUUGAUGUCCAGGUCACAGGGGCUUGCUCCUGGCUUGUAAAAAGUAUUUAAUAAAAACAUAUAUACGAUAUACUAA